GAUGAUGAUUAUGUGACACUGCAGCCAACCAAUCAGCAGGUCAGGAGGCAUCAGUAGAGGCGUGUCAGUGCACACCAGGCGGAAGGAGAAGGAGAAGAAGGGAUGAAGUGAAGGAGGUAGAGGAGGAGGAGGGCGGGGAGAGGCCUGAGCCGAGCUGAAGAGAAGCUGCAUCUGCCAGAGAACAGGAGGAAAGAGGAGGAGGUGAAGAAGAGGAGGGAGGAGGAGAGGAAGAGGAAGGUGCUGCUGUUUGAGGAGGAACCAUCAACCUCAGCUGUCAUGGACAAAUAUCGACCAAAAAGACCAACCACUCUGGAUCUGUUCCCACAGCUGCCACCUGCUGGCACCCAGGAUUCCAUCAACAACAACUCUCUGGGAAAGAAGGACAGCUGGAAGGAGUCUCACUCUUCUUCCCCACAUAUCACAGGGGCUGUCCCUCCCUCAGACGUCAAACCUAAAGCAGAGGACAAAGUCCGGCACAGCACGCGGCGCCCCGCCCCCAAACCACCCACAGCCAAUGAGGGCAGAACCAAGAGUCAGGCGGUCGCAACAGACGCACGCACACGCCUGCGGGACAAACAGGUGUCUGCCUCCAGUAGUCCAAGGAGUCAGCGGAGAGGAGGAGGAGCUGGAGGAGGAGCUGGAGGAGGAGCUGGAGGAGGGAGAGGAAAAGGAGGAGCAGCAGCCAUGAUGAAAGAGAGGAGUACGGUAGACGUCAGAGGGAAGGACGGAGUGACGACAGGGAGGGAGGACAAGAGGACAGGCAGACUGUGUGCAGAGUCCAGGGCCAAGGACAGGGACAAGAACGCGCUUCAGAGGACCAGAGACACCAACGCAGCCAAGAACCGAGGAGCUGAGGCCAGAGCGAGGAGAGGAGCCGCGGGGAGGACCAGCACCCUGCCACCGGCCAGCCAGGAGGUUUACCUGCCCGCCAUGGUGGUUCCACGCACACCUGUAGCACCCAGGAACCAGGACAAGAACCCAGAACCAGUCCAGAGUCACGACAGGAGCCAGGAUCCUGCUCCGGUUCUGUCCCGGUCCAGCAGUGAGGGCGGGUCCAACAGAAUGUCCCUCAGCUCAGACACAGAAGGACCUCCACCAGAACCGCUGCACCCCUCUGUGUCCAACAGAACCAACCCGGACAUCAGCGAAGAGGAGGCUGAGGGAGACCCUGCCCACAACAGUCCCGCCCUCUGUCUGACAGGAAGUGACCCACCACCAAAAAUGGACUGUAACAAAUUGGAGGUGGAUGGAGACGGAGGGGUGUGUGUGUCGAGUUUGAACUAUGACUCGGUGAAAUACACACUGGUGGUGGAUGAAGACGCUCAGCUGGAGCUGGGCAGCCUUAAAGACUGUUUACACCGUCACCAUGACGACAAGGACGACAGCGAUGCAGAGACGGUUUACCAGUCGGCCAACGAGGACGAGGAUCCCGAGUACGAGGAGGAGAGGAAGAGGACGGAGGAGACGAGGACUCAAGAAAGAAGAAAAGAAGAGGAGCAGCCGAGGAAAUGGAGGGAUGAGGAGGUGAGGCGGAGGAGGGAGGAGGAGGUGAAGAGGCGGCGCGAUGUCGUAGUUUCCAGGUUCUUCAGGACCAAGGUCACAUCACAGGACCAGGAGGCUCAAACAGGAAGAGGCGGAGCUACCAGGAGCAGGAAGUUCCUCAACCUCUUCACUGACAACAGCGGCCAUUACAGUGCUACAGGUGCCGGCUCAUUCAGCGUUUUCUCCUGUGUAUUGGACGGCGUGGAGCGACCGCAGAGUCACAGAGCCGCCUACAGGUUUGUCCCUCGUCAUGCAGACGAGCUUCACCUGGAGACGGACGACCCGCUGUUACUGCUGAGUCAGUCUGAGGAUCUGUGGUGUCAUGGUUACAACAUGAGGACGGGAGCCAGCGGCGUCUUUCCUGCGUUCUACGCUGUCAAGUUAGCCAAAGAGAACAACCAGGCGCACAGAGACGGUCGCGUCGAACACUUUCACGUCCGAUUCCUGGGUUCAGUUCAGGUUCCUGUUCACAAAGGCAGCAACGUUCUGUGUGCCGCUAUGCACAAGGUUGCAUGUAACAGACGUGCAGCAGCUCAGGCUCCGCCUCCAUGUGUUCUGGAGAUCAGUGUGAGAGGAGUGAAGAUCAACGUUCACGACCAGUGUCACUCUGACCACAGGGGAGAGCAGUGUUUUCAUUUCUUCCAGCUGAAGAACAUCUCGUUCUGUGGUUGUCAUCCUAAACACAGCAGGUACUUCGGGUUCAUCACCAAACACCCCGACCAACAGCGCUUUGCCUGUCAUGUGAUGAUGUCAGACACAACAUCACAUCCUCUCGCCAAAUCUUUAGGGAGGGCGUUCCAGCAGUAUUUUAAAGACAACAUCGGCUACUCCUGUCCCACUGAAGACAUCUUCAUUGAAUAAGCACUGAGUCAUGAUGACGAGCAUGUGAGCCUGGACUGCGGCGCUCAGUGUU